GUCUGAGGGGGUCUAUAACUCAGAUCCUUGCUUCAGGCUUCACGCCCACGUCUCCCACCCACUUAUCCUCUCGUUCACCGCCCACUCAGCGCACCUCAUCGCCGGGAUCGUCUGCUUCAAUGAGGUUCUACUCGCAGUCCUUUUUGUACGACGAUCCCUGGUCAAUCGUCUCCUAUGCAUUCUUCAUGCGAUACCCCAACCCCCUUGCCUCCCAUGUCCUUUCCUGCGACGUCGUCUCGCGCACACUCACUCCCUCUGGAACGCUCCUGACUACGCGCCUCAUCCUCAAAAGCGGUGCGCUGCCAAGAUGGGCGCCAAAGGGUAUCGUCUCGCGUGCGGAGUCGUGGGUCGUUGAGGAGAGCGAGGUGGACCCUGCUGGUCGAGUCGUGCGUUGCUCGACGAGGAACCUGGAUCAUGUCAAGGUGAUGCGCGUAGAGGAGCGCGUCAUCUUCCAGCAGAUGGAUGAUGGAAAAACAUUUCAAAAUACCGAAGCGAGAUUUGCAUCUGGCUUUGGCUGGGGUCUGACAAAGAAGAUCGAGAGCCACGGACUAGCAAAAUUCAAGGCAAAUAUUCAGAGAUCACGUCAAGGCUUCUCAAUGAUCCUCGAUCUUAUUCGGCAGUCACGCAUGCGCCCAAUGACUAUGGGCGCGCCCGCUGAGGCGUACCUCCCAGCUCACUACUCCGCUCCUUCCUCGGAGACAAAUAGUGUUGACGAGUCGAGCAUCAACAGCGACCGCGAGCAGAAAACACGCGCAUCCUGGCUGAACCUCAAGUCCUGGCUGAAGUCAUCGUGAACCGUGAAUAUAUCCAAUUCAAAGUCGAAGCAAGUAGCAGUACAUAGUGUUAUUCUGUAUAGCUUAAUCCUUUCCCCGUGUCACAGACAUUCUACCUCUUCCUCUGUGUUCUCUAGGAUUUUACGUCUGCCUCGCAUCACCUGUAUUUGUAGUUGCAUCAUACUGCCAAUGACACCGCUCCCAUUACUCACG